GGUCACACUUGGCAGUGUGCUCGCAAAAAACAAAACAAUCUCAAAACUCAGAACAAAUUAACCAACUUGAAGCUAUCAAAAUGACGCAGGACAUGCUGCUGGGCAACGAGGAGCCGAGCAAGAGCAAGGAGACGUUUCUGGAGAAGUUCUGUGUCCUGGCCAAGUCAUCCACCGGCGCCGCCUUGCUGGAUGUGAUUCGCCAGGCCCUGGAAGCCCCGAAUGUCUUUGUUUUUGGCGAAUUACUGGCAGAACCAUCCAUAUUGCAGCUGAAGGACGGUCCGGACACCAAGCACUUCGAGACCCUGAACCUGUUCGCAUACGGCACUUACAAGGAAUACCGCGCACAGCCGGGAAAGUUCAUCGACUUGACUCCUGCCAUGCAGAAGAAGCUGCAACACCUGACCAUCGUCUCGCUGGCCAUCAAGGCAAAGAGCAUUCCUUAUGCCCUGCUGCUCAGCGAACUGGAGAUCGACAACGUGCGCCACCUUGAGGACAUCAUCAUCGAGGCCAUUUACGCAGACAUCAUCCACGGAAAGCUGUUCCAGAACACACGCAUUUUGGAGGUGGAUUACGCCCAGGGCCGCGACAUUCCGCCGGGAUACACUGGCCAGAUCGUGGAAACACUUCAGGCGUGGGUCAACUCCUGCGACAGCGUUUCCAACUGCAUCGAAAUGCAGAUAAAGUACGCGAACGCAGAGAAAUCCAAAAGGCUGAUGAACAAGGAGCGCGUGGAACAAGAUCUCAUCAAUCUUAAGAAGGUAUUAAAGAGCCAGACCUCGGACAGCGAUGAGAGCAUGCAAAUCGACACCCAUGGACCGGGAACCAGUGGCGGAUUGGGUCAAUCGGAGCUAAGAAAGAAGCCCUCCAAGCUGAGGAAUCCACGCAGUGCGGCAGUUGGCCUCAAGUUCAGUAAGUGAGAUGAGACCGGUCGGGCGGACGAGAAGUCAGGAUCUGGUUCCAACGCAGCCAGCCGUUGCCCAAGGUCGCAGCAGCAACUCCACGCGGCACCUGAGGGGCGGAGACCGCUCGGCUGUCGGAGGAACGCUAAUCCCAUCAAAACUCAGUUCGAUUCACCAGAUAAAUGCCGGCUGUCCUCGUGAGGGAUUCCAUAAUUAGCAUCAAAUUAAUCGCCACUAAAUAACAAUACAAAUACAAAUACGAAACCUGUAAUAAUAGAAACCAUACGUCAAAAUGCA